AUUAAUACUGUCACUGAUGUCUUUGAUAGAUUUAAGGACAGUAAAUUACUUCAGUUUAUAGAAUAUAUUUUAAUAGCAAUUUUUGUUGGGUAUAGCAAUAUAUUUAAUUAUAUUUAAAUAAUUUAUAUUUGCAUUCUGUAGACAUAUAUGAUGUGUAAUGUUUUUGAAGAGGUCAAAAAUAGGUUGACAGCUGAAAGUGUGCUUUUUGUAGACGUCUGUAGUAGAACCAAUGACCUUUCGAGUUUUCUGUGAAAUACAGUGUGUAGUAUGCUAUUCUUGUUUCUUUUUUACUUUGUCAAUGCAUAUAAAUCAUCUUUAACUAAUGCUUACGAUUGGAGCACAAUGCUGCCCAGAAUGUCUACGGGACGGUUGAUCUCCAGGAACAGGGUUGGGUACCCGUAGCCGAGUGCAAAACCUUUUACCACUACUUAUCUCGAUAGCACUGUGAUUAAGGCGAGUGCGCUGCGCUAGCCUUGGAAGGGUUGCUUUUCAAAGCUACUCUGCGGCGAAGGAAUGCGGUGAAAAAUGUAAAUGUGAGAUUAGAUUUUCCCCUGCGGUGCGGAAUGAGGAAAUGUUAUUGGUCCGAUACAGUGCCAGCAGCAAGGGGAGGGGCAGAGCGGGUAACGGGUAGGUUAGUGUUCUGAUAGUGAUUCAUUCAUGAUAUGUUACUCUGAAUACUACUGUCGCAUUCUACAUGUCUACAGGUCAUUAGGUAUUCCUUCCGUCUGUUCAAUGAAAAUUAUUUUCUCCCUUCAAACUUUGAUGUAUUUUUUUUAUUUAUUUUUAUUUACCGUAAUUUAUGUUCCGUUCGUUGUUUGGAAGAAAAAGAUGUUUAUGUAAGUAGAUACUUUGUAUUUACGUUGCUCAAUAGCAUGGUGUGUGAGGUUUAGGACAACUUCUACAGUUGCCAGGAGUUCAAUCAUUACCUGGAUGCCGGUUGAGAUCAAGACUUCAGUACUCGUGUACAUGGACAGCUCCCUUCUACUCAGCACUUUAUUUUCCACGCAUUUGGACGGGACUACGGAAAAAUACUGAGCUGCGGCUAAAAAAAUCACGCUCUUCUUGGGAAUAUCACCACCCGCCAAGCGGACUGCUGACUAUAGCAGACUGCAGCGUAGCGGACGGUCGAAACAUAGCGGAGUUACCUGUCUGGCGAUUAAUGGAAACAAACGACUGGGACGAUAAGCAUGUAGAAAUUCACGUUUAAGGAGAUAUUCUUUUAAACGCGAUGUUUCGAGUUGUGAGAACACUUUUACUGAAUAUUCGUCACGCACUCCUUUAACCUUGUCAUAGCCUACUCUUGGACCUACUGUGACCAAGGACCAAACUGGAUGGAUGACAAAUGCCGAGUGUAGAUAUAACACUUUAACGAAAUAAUACAAUUAACAGAAAAACACUUUCUGUGUUUUGGGAAUACUUUUAUGUCCCGAAGUGAACUGAAGAAUACAUGAGGAUGUCCGAGAACUCAUCGCUGCUGAUGCUGGGGUCACAGGGCACUUCAAUGAACUCCUCCUCCAAUUCCUCCGUCUCCCCUCCAUCGGCGGACUGGGUCGCCCCCACCUUCACCCGGGCAGCCCAGUUUCGGGUGGUGGCCACCUUGGUGCUCUUCCUGUUUGCGGCGGUCAGCAACCUGGCGGUGCUGAUUAGCGUGGCUCGGGGGCGUGGCCGACGGCUGGCGUCGCACCUGCGGCCGCUCAUCAUGAGCCUGGCGGUGGCCGACCUGAUGAUGACCUUCAUCGUGAUGCCGCUGGACAUGGUGUGGAACGUGACGGUGCAGUGGUACGCCGGCGACGCCAUGUGCAAGCUGCUCUGCUUCCUCAAGCUCUUCGCCAUGCACUCCUCCGCCUUCAUCCUGGUGGUCAUCAGCCUGGACCGCCACCACGCCAUCCUGCGCCCGCUGGACUCGUUCGAUGCCAAGCGCAGGAAUAAGAGGAUGCUGCUCCUGGCCUGGUCACUCAGCCUGCUGCUCGCCUCCCCGCAGCUCUUCAUCUUCCGGGUGAUUAAGGCAGAGGGGGUGGACUUCACCCAGUGCGUGACCCACGGUAGCUUUCAGCAACGCUGGCAGGAAACAGUCUACAACAUGUUCCAAUUCGUCACGCUCUACGUUGUCCCCCUGCUGGUCAUGAGCUUAUGUUACACGCGCAUCCUAAUUGAGAUCAACCAUCAGAUCCACAAGAGUAAAGGUGGAGAGUCCUGCCUGAGGCGCAGUGGGACAGACAUGAUCCCCAAGGCGCGUAUGAAGACCCUGAAGAUGACCAUCAUCAUAGUGGUGUCCUUUGUGGUCUGCUGGACACCUUACUACCUACUGGGUAUCUGGUACUGGUUCCACCCACAGAUGAUCCAGGUGACACCUGAGUAUGUCAACCACAUCCUCUUUGUGUUCGGCAACCUCAACACCUGCUGUGACCCCGUCAUCUACGGCCUCUACACCCCGUCGUUCCGCGCCGACCUGGCUGUCUGCUGGUUCUGCCGCCGCCAGGAUUCCUCACCCAAGUCCCUUGACCGCCUCUCCGCUCGGCAAGGGAACCCCAGCGCCGAGCAAGAGUCUGACGCCCCCAGUGUGGACCAGAUGAGAGCCAAUGAGGAGUAGAGAUCCAGAAACCGUCAGGGAAUGUCCGAUUGUCACCUCACAGCAGUUAGGCUCACAGAGUCCUGUAAAACUGAGAUCCACUGCUGCCUUGCUGCAGUCCGGCCCGACAGCCAUUGGUCAGGCUGGACCUACUGAGUGUCGAACGUAGCAAGUCCCUCAAUGAACCGACUGCCUGAUUAAUUACUGCUGAGUAUUUUCACUGUCUUGCUGCAUUAAUGGGGGCGAUCUUUAAACUGCUCCCAAUGAGUCCUGCUGCAAUGUAUCCAAUCCAUUUUAUAUUGUUUACAUGAAAUGGUUGGUUCCUGUAUGAAAGAACAUUUAGGCGCCAUGGGAGUAAACUACAGACAGGCACAUUGAUUGUGUGCUGAUUAUCAAGCACGGAACUUGGCAUUCAUUUACAGCCUUUUCGGUUGAACAAUUUAUUAACUAGUAUUGUGUUGUAUGAAGUGUGAUGCACAGAGUAUUGAUUAGCACAUCAUAGUGGAAACCACCAAUGCUGUUUCUCUCAUUAUUUCAGUCUCAGACUUCUUUGUUUAUAAUCAUCCCUCUAUGUCAUUCUUUAUGUGUUCAUUGAUCAAGACAAACCAGUUGAACUCUCUUGGGGAAUUAAACCAGCAGCAUGCACACCUUCAGUUAUUAUUUUUACAGUUUUCCUUGAGCACAUGUCUGAGCUGUUCUAUUACAUACAGUCUUUGUUACAACCCCUGGCUUUAUCACUAGAACUUUGUUCCUGCAUAUCAUUUUGAAGAGAAAUGUCUACAUAUUUUGUACAUAUAUUAGUUCCAGUUCAGCUCUUAUGUAUGCUGAAGUUCAUAUUUUGUAUGCCAAAGAUCCUGUUGUUCAUGUACAUUGUCAUAUGCUUUCAGUGUCUUCUGGACUGGAAUCUUCUGAAAUAAUUAUUUAUAGACAUUCUCACACCUAAAAAGGCUAACCUGUAUCAAAAUGAAUUUUAUUAAGGAAGAAUCAAGGAUCUGAGGACCUUAAAGGCUUGAAUCUCGGUUGUCUUCAACACCAUUUGCAGAACUCCUGCACAUCAGUGUGGACCUGACACAGUGUACUUUUGGACCCACAGCAGCUAACAGGAUGUGAGAUUUGACCUCAGGGUUUGACUGAUAGGUGAGUUAUCAUUUGCCUUUUUUGGAAUAAUCAUCGGCUAGAGUGAGCUCCAUGCUGAUGACUUGGGGGAAGCUGUAUCCAGUAAAAUGUCCAGUGUUAAUUCAGCUCUAACAGAGCACAUUUUGUCCCACUCUGGAGCAGUAAGAGGUGAAUUAACACUGCAUGUUUUUCUGUGUGGCAGCCAUGAUGUGACUCAUAACCAUGGCAUGAGCCAACUUUGUGUGGAUGCGUCUGAAAAGAGUUCUCAAAAUAAAUGGCAUGGCAGGUUGCUUGGACAUGGCUACUUUUCAUCUGAUCUGGGUUUCUGAAAUGUGUGUGGAACGCUGAUACACAGCUGCCAACAGCAUCCACUUUACAUGGCCUGUAGGUAUUGUUUGGUUCUUGAGUUUAACUAUUUUAAUAAAAAGUUCUGUAUCUCCUGAAUGGAAUUAAAUUCUGUUGAGCUCAUUGGUAUCAGAAAAUGUCUUUUGAUAAUUAAUAUUGCAGGUACUGUGAAAGCCAUUGUGAUGAAAUUGUGGUAUCUGUGAGAUAUGCUCAUGUUUCAGGGAACAGGCAAUUGUUGCUUUACAGUAUAUGGGAAAGUAUGCUAUACUAAAUGCUAUACUAAUGUUAGGCCCUUUGGUGUUGUUUUGCAUUGCAAAGAAAUCAAAUAAAGAUACAAAUCAAGAAUGACAGCCAAAUUAGAAUCACUUCUAAACUGUGCUACAUUCUCCCUAACUGGAGUUAUUCCAUAGUGGCAAAUCUGGCACAGGGACAGGGAGAGAGAGAAAGAGCUGGGUAAAAUACGUUCCCAGAGCUGAUGAGACUGGCCCGGUUUACUGGGGUGACAGGGAUCAUUCAACUGAGGGCAACAAUAGUGCCUAUAAAAGGUAUCUUAUCUCCAGAAGCUCUCCAUAAUGGUUUCUUAUCACAGUUCAAGGGGACAUGUCAGCACUUCUCUCCGAGUCCCCUCACCUGGGCCCAGCACAAUGAAAGCCAGUAUUAAUUAAAGCCUUGGGUUAUAUUCUUUCUCAAAUGCCUGUGAAACACCAAAACAUGCCUUUUUGCCUGCUCCGAUGCACACAAGAUGGAAGCAGCUUUAGGACUCACAGGGUAACACGCACUUUUUAUACUUAAAUUAUUUUUAAAUAAUGAAUUUAUAAAUGUAACAUAGUAAUGUUUCAGUUUUAGCCUCUGUAUAUGAACCAUGCAUAGAGACUGGUUCUAUUCUCAUUGUAUCUAUGUUUAGUGAAAUCUGUUGGUUUUCAGGAACUUUGGGGUCCUACUCUUACCAGUUUAGCAUCAUCAUACAUUUUAUGACAUUUAAACCAGAAGGAAAAUGAAAUCAUUGCAGUCAGACUGCGGACCAUUCUGACAAUACUGGGGCUAAAUGUGGCAAGAAGUCCUGUAAUCAGCAUAUAAUUGGCCAUGGAGACAUCACCGAGGGAAGGUGGAACUAAUUUGGGAUGGUUUCCAUCACACAUUGUCUAAUAGCAAAGCUUCUGGUUGGCUUUCCUGUGCCAAUUAUUCAAAUACUGCAGCUCUCUAGAACAGUAGCUGCACAGCCCAGCUGUUUGACUGCAGUGUUAACAGAAGUGCCAACUGACUCCAUAUCCUUCAGAGGAUACGCUACUGUACUCUCUUCCUGUGACAGGAUGGCAAGACCCUGCAAGUGCGCUUGGGCAUUUCAAAAUGGCAGCUGAAUCUAAAAAUGAAAAGCAGAUUGGAUUUUGAAAAAAAAAAGGUCAUAUUUUGAUUUUGACCCUUUUCCUUUGUGGCCCGAUAUCUAAAAGGAGGAAAUGGCACCAGCAUGGAUUGAAUUUAAUUUUCACUGCAGAAAAGGACAGCACUCACUGGGGAGCAUUCCCGUACCGACAUCUCUGAGCUGAGUGUUUUAAUGCCACUGAUGCAGCCGGAGAAACCCGAGCAAUCUGAGAAGCCAGAGCUGCUAUGCAGCAUAAUGAUUCUAAAAGCAUUUAGGGAUACUGACCUUUCCAUACA